AUGCGAAAAGCCCCAAGACCGAAGAAGACCGAAGCACCCGCCGUAUUGGUCAAAGAAAGGUUGGAUGUGGGAGGUCUAUUCCUUUUUGGGAGUGACAUCAUCCACCAUGUUUUUUUUGGGGUGUUCCCACCUCCACCAUCCUCCACCCUCCAGCCGUUGCCCGGCCGUUGCCCGGUCCACCGCCAGGAGCUGCUCCGCUGGGCCGCGGUGCUGGCAGAGCCGGCGAAGGCGGCCGGGCAGCCGCGGGCGCUGGCGAUCUAUCGGACCUGCGACCGGGAUCCCACGCCACGAGGACAAGACUUCUGGCAUUCGGACAACUCUUACGCUCCAGAGCCGGCGGGGCCGACGUUGCUCUAUGCCUUGAAAGUGCCACAGGGCACUGAGGGUCCUCUGGGCGACACGCUCUUCCUGGAUGCUGGGCUCAAGGCGGUGCGGCCGCAUUUGGAGAAAGCUCAGCUGGAGCAGAUGGCCUCUCUGCGGGCCAGGCACAACUUGGCUCACAAUGCGGGUCAUCCGCUAGCGGAGUUCGAGGACAAAGCUCCUGCAGAUGCUUGUCACCCGGUCUUACGCCAACAUCCCAUCACUGGAGAGGAAGUGGUCUUCGUGAACGAAGCCUACGUGCACCGGAUCGACUCCAUGUCCCAGGAGCAGUCCCAAAGCUGCUUGAAGCAGCUGCUGGCCGCGCUGCAGCGCGCGCCCGGCUAUCGUCACCGCUGGCGGGAGGGGGAUGUCUUGGUUUGGGACAACCAUCGGCUCCAGCACAAGGCGACCACGCUGCAAAUGCCCAAGGAUGCUGAGCGGGUCAUGUGGCGCGUGCAGACGCACGGCCCGGGCCUAGCCGGCGAUGAGUCAUGGGAUGAAAAGGCACCGUGGAAGCAGACGGUACUCUUCGUGUUGGUGGAUGGACAUGGCCUGAAGUUGGUUCAGAAGAAAGCCGUGAAGAACACCUCAGAGGGUUGGCGGUUCAGAACGAACAGAUUCCCAAGUCCAUUCUUGCCAGGCUACCAGGCUUCAAGUGGGGGUAUCCUGAGUAUCCCUGAGUAG